GCUGUGCUGAAUUUACCAACUGACCAAUGGAAAUGAAAAUCAAUAUCACAUGAUUUAAAAAUGGCGACACAGUCAUGUUUGUUUUACAAGAGGACAAAUUAAUAGAAAUUUGGCCGGAAUUUCCAUGUUUGUUUGAUGUUACACAGACUUGAAAAUCAGUGAAAAAAGGCAGCUGGCUUUGCAAGGCAUAGCCAGUAGAUUGGAUGAAAGUGUUCUGCUAUCCAGUGUGAACAGUGCAUGUGAUAUCAACACUGCCAUGGCUUGUACCAGUGCUUACAGCAACAGAAUGAAAAACAGCACCGACAAUGACAAAGCUUGCCAAUUAGCCAAGAUUGGCAUGUUGUGCAUUAGAAUAUUUGGGUGUGCUGAUUCCAUGAAGAGUGUUCUCACAGAGAGUGAAAAGACAAUCGCUGAUGAAUGUGCACUGUAUCCAAGUGUGAACAGUCAGUGUGAUGUCGACACUGUCCUGUCUUGUACCAAGACUUACAAUGAUGGAAUCAAAGCCAAUGGCAACAAGUUGGCCACUUUUUGCCAAUUAUCCAAGUCUUACCUGUCGUGCUUUACAACUUCUGGGUGUACUGGUUACGAUUUCAUGAAGAGUUACUUCAGAAAAACUGAACAGAAAGUCAAUAAUAAAUGUGGAGCUUGUCAAGUACAGAUCUCGAUCCUGUGUCUGGUACUGAUGUUGGUCGCCAUGCUGUUUUCCAAGUAGACUUCAGUGCCACACGUAUAUAACAACACUAUCAAGGCUUUUGUAAUCCGUGUUCGGAGCUGUUUGAUGGGUUUUUUAAAAAUCUCUUGUGACAUGUGUUCGUACACAAGCUGACCUACUAGAUGUUAUAUAUCGGAUAAUUUUAUGUGUUUGUUGUUCUAUAUUUAAUUUCGUU